CACGGGACCGGAUGUGCAGCAGGCUUUCAUCGAAAAACCGCUGUAGAUCAAAACAACUCGCCUAAGCGGCACCCAGCCAAAGGAUCACUGUGAACGCGGUGUAACAAGCUGCUCGGGCGACCAGUCACCUCGAGACGCGGUCCCCUCCCCCCGGUGCCUGUCAUGCAGACGCGUGACCUGUACUCGCACUACGGUUGCGGAUCGCAGCGCUACAUUUGCGAAGACGGUGACGUCAUCCUCGUCUCGUACCCCGGUUGCGGCAUUCACUGGGUCCAACAGAUCGUCCAGCUCAUCCUGAACUCCGGUCAAAGCGCCCAGGACUACGCCGAGUUCAUGAGGCGCACACCCUUCCUGGAUAGAUUUAACGUUGCAGGCAGACGAAGCUGCGAUCCCGACCUCAUUGUUCCUGCAGGGCCAAGGACACUGAAGACUCACCUGCAGAUACUUCGCGGUGGUGUUUCGCACUCUAAAGUCAGGUACGUCUACGUCGCCCGGAACCCUUGGGACUGCUGUGUCUCCCUAUACCACCGCGUCAAGUUCAGCUUGACAGAGCCGCCUGCGCUCAUGGCCCCCCGUUCGAAUUUCGACGAAUUCUUCGAUCUCUUCGUGAAGGGCAAGUUCAGUUUCGGCGAUUAUUUCGACCACGUUCGGAGCGCUUACGACCACCGAGACGAGGACAAUGUCUUUUUCGUUACGUUCGAAGACUUGAAAGCGGACAGGGAGGGCGUCAUACUGAAGCUGGGCCACUUCCUCGGCGAAGAAUACGGCGAAGCGCUGGAAAACUGUGGUGUGUUCGCGAACAUCUGCGAGAAGUCGAGCUUCGACUACAUGAAACGAGUGUACGGAGCUCCAAAACAUGGUUUGGAUUCGUCGUCUGCUACUGCGUCGACUUCGUCUCCCGCGGCUGUAGAAGGCGUUUUCGCGUCUGGCUUCCUGCAAGAUGGCGACCGGUUCUGCCGCGCUCUUCGGUCGGGCAAAGUGAACGGUUGGAAAGAACUUUUCACCCUGGAGCACCGAGACAGGAUGAAGGUGAGGAUAGCGGAGAAGACGAAAGGGUCGGACUUGAUGAACCUCUGGAAACUUCAGUCCAGAUACAAGUGCUUGGCAGCGUAUUCUUGAGGCGAUAUGGUGACUCAGAAGAAAGAUCUAUAUUUGCGCCAUUCGGGGCUUCAUUUGCCCCCCCCCCCCAACCUUCAAAA